GCCCCGCCGCUGCGCGCUGCGCCGGCCGGCAGAGGCCGAGACUGCGAGAAGUCAGUCGCUUCCAGUCGCCCGAGUCUAACGGAUCGUUCGCUCGCUCGCGCAGUUAACUCCGCUCGUUAUAAUAGUUGCACCAGCGUGUACCACUGAUCCAGUAUACAGCCAUGGCGCGCAUCGCUGCCGUUACCGCUUUCUGCCUCCUCGCCCUUUUCCACUCGACGAUGUCGAUCACCGUGCAGGAGUUCUUCCCGGAAGCCAAGAGCAACUUGACGAAGAUCAAAUGGUCCCACGCGACCAACAGCCAGGAGGCUUUAAAGAAGGCCCUUGAUAGCAGUGACGUCCACAUGAUCGAAGCCGACGUGGUCAUGGGCACGCUGAAAACCAACCCGCCGAACAACAACACGAUGCCCAUCAUGGGACACCCCCCAGCCAACAGCAGCGACCUGAGCCUCGCUGACUUCUUGAAGCAGGUUACAGCCAACAAGAAGAAGGGCAUCAAGCUCGACUUCAAGAGCAUCGAAGCUUUCAAAGCUGCGAUUCCGGAAAUCCAGGCUCUUGGAAACCUAACGGUGCCACUGUGGCUCAACGCGGACAUCCUCAAGGGACCCGUGAACGCCACCGACGAGCCCAAGCCGGUCGACGCGGCCGAGUUCCUCAAAGAGGCGGCGAAACUACCGCAAACGCUCCUAUCGAUCGGUUGGACCACCAGGCUGGAGGAGACGACCGCGAACGUGACGAGCGGCAAGUACCUCACUGAGCAGAUCGACGCGAUGGUAAAGGUGAUCCAGGAUCAGAAGGUGAACCAGUCGGUAACUUACCCAGUGCGCGCCUGCUUUGCCGCCAACGACGUCGAGGUUCUGCAGAAGCUGCUGAGCAGCACCAAGGCCAACAACCCGACACUCACCAUCUGGUCGAGCGAGGGCGACAAAGUCGACGCAGCCAAGCUCUCCACCGUCAUCAAGACCGUCGGCCUGGACAAGGUCUUCGUUGAUGUGCCCCAGACGCUCUGGGCUCAACUCCACCUCGCCAACUCUGCUUUCACGGCCAAGAGCUCCUUCUCCGUCUUGCUCGCAUCGAUGCUCGUCGCUCUGUCCGCCGUCAAGCUCCUGUGAAUCCCAGGCUUCAUUGCCUAAUGUGGGAUCUACAGACGAGUCGAGGAGGAGGAGAACGAUGAGGAUGAGUUUUGAUGCAGGAGUGAGGGAAGAAAAAAAAAUAGAUUUAUAUAUUCAGCGUUCAAGUUGAUGAUAUGCGGAGAGCAAGCUUUCGUCGUUAAACAUGGCCAGAGGUGCGCGUGAUUUUUUCUCUCUGACAAAAUUGGCGAGUAUUGAGUGCUGUACUGGUACGGUUUGUGGCGAUUUUAACGACGAAGCUUCUUUGUGUGAAAAAAAAAGAAAAAAAAGGAAAAACAAAGAUCUUGAAGCGAUUUCGUUCCCCGUGGGAAUCGAAACUAGGACUUGAAAAUGUCGCGAAGAGUCGAAUAAAGGAUAGCAGUCGAAUUCACGCGCAGUAAUUUUAAUUUUAGAGUCCCCCCUUUUGUUGCAUUGAAUUUUCGAGGAAUGGCGGGAAAGUUCGCACAAAGCGCAGAUGAAGAGAACUUGGAAUAACCUUUUACGAGAUUCCGCGAAUUCGACUGCUAUAGACGAUUGGCAAGGAAAAUAUAUUCACUUAGAGUGUUCAAACGUUACUGCGUUGUUCCGUUCGUUGUAAGAUCAAUUUUUUUAAUCACUCAUAUUAUACGUAAUAAUAUAUGCAAUAUGAAUUUAACAAAAAAAAGCGCAAUUAAAAAUACAGGAUGAGCGGAAGGAUGGUAAUAUGGUAUACUUAAGUUUAUAUUUCGACAAGCUCUAGCUCUCAGGUUCCUCGUACUUGACGUAUAAAUUUUCACUGCAUUUAGGAAUUAUCGAUUUAAUGAUAAACUUGUUCAAAAUAAAAUGUGUGCUUCUAAUAUGUCAAAAGAUCAAUGUUGAAUAUCAAGUAACAUUUAGCUUCGAUUCAUGUAAAAAUCCGUAACUUCGACGAUAAUUUCCGCUUUGAAGUUCAAUUGUUUGACGUGUUCAGUGCAUCUCUGUCCGUUCUUUUGAGUUGCGAUCGACGAAUUAUCAAUAUAGUUGUAUUAACGUCAUUUAAAAGUAUGUCAUACAUUUUGUCUGUUACACAUAAAAAAUAAAACGAGUUAUUAAAGAAAAAUGAAGACGUAUCAAUAAAUAAAAGUUGUCAUAAUAAGAUAUUAAUGUUUAGAUAUGUUCAACAGCGAAAAACAUAACAUGAAAGUAAACGAAUUUUGUUAUUCGUACAAUAUUCAGGCGUGUAUUGUUUCGUUUUUAUCCCCUAGACAUGCAUUCAAAUAGCUUUCGUAAGGAAUAGUGUUCAACAUUUUCUAGAUAAGUGAGUAAUUCAUAAGUACCGAAUAAAUAGAUCCGUUGAUAUGCGCCCGGCUUAUAGGCCAUACUGUUGAAAAUAUACUGUCCAUACCUUUGAUAAUGACAAGGAAAUAAAAUCAUUACAUACUCGUAACAUUUGUCAUCGUCAUUUAUUUUUUAUGUAAGAUGAUUCAAUUUUUUCAGAAAUAAAGAAAACCUGAAACACA